CCAAAAUGAGCCCCCCUUGCAUUCCCUCUUGAGAUACAGACUCCCAUGACCUUGUCCUGGGGUCAUCAACGCAUGCAAUUUGCGGGGCAAAAGCUGGGUUUGGAUGAGGUCACUGUGGGUUUGCUUCCCUGUAAGCGUCCGUGUUUAGCGUGGUGUGGCUCAAAACCUCAGAGUGGCUUGCGCGUCCGCGGCUGGAUUACAGGCCGUUGCCUUGACUGAUAGCGCAUCUCCAAGACAACCAAGACCACCACCAACUUCGGCGCAGCCUGCUCUUGGUUUCUUCAUUGACUCAACUACACACGUCCUCGGCCCAGCAGGUCUGCCGGCAUUUCGUCCCUCAACACCUAAUUCUGCACACAUUCGAGAAUCACAGCCGGCAAGAUGAAUAUCCUAGAAUGGGCUUUCGGCAAGCGCAUGACGCCGGCCGAGCGUCUGCGCAAGAACCAGCGACUCCUCGACAAGGCGAUCAGGGAAUUGGACCAGCAGCGCGUCAAGCUGGAGAAGCAGGAGAAGGCUCUCGUCGCCCAGAUUCGCCAGAGCGCCCAGAAGGGCCAGAUGGGUGCUUGCAAGAUUCAAGCAAAGGAUUUGGUUCGCACCAGACGAUACAUUGACAAGUUCUACGGCAUGAAGAGCCAGCUGCAAAAGAUCUCCCUCCGCCUCCAGACCUACCGCACGAACGAGCAGAUGAUGCAGGCGAUGAAGGGUGCUACGAUGGCACUUGGGAGCAUGAACCGUACUAUGAACCUUCCCUCUCUACAGCGAAUCGCCAUGGAGUUUGAGCGGGAGAACGACAUCAUGGAGCAAAGGCAAGAGAUGAUGGACGAUGCUAUUGAUGACGCCAUGGACGUUGGUGCUGAAGAGGAGGGUGAUGAGAUUGUGGAACAGGUCUUGGAGGAGAUUGGUGUAGACUUGAGCCAGGCACUCGGCGAAACACCUUCAGGUCUCCAGUCCCAAUCCGUGCCGGAGACCAAGAUUGCGCAGGCGGUUGGAGGAGAAGGCGGCGGAGCAGAUCCCGGGGACGACGACCUACAAGCCCGGCUGGACAGUCUCAGACGAUGA